UUUUUGGGUUGAAAUUUUUUCACCGGGAUCAAAAGAGAGUUACAACUUAUUGAAAGCUAUAGCUAUAUAAUUAACUAGUAUAAUUCAUUUUAUAAUUCAAUAAGGUUCUUUUAAUUAAAGUGGUGGUAUAACUAUUCAAAAAGAUUGUAUCCAUUUAUUCACAAGUAUAGAAUUCAUAGAAGAAAUUAUAAAAAAAAGUUGUCAUGAGUAGUAGAGCCUUCACCAUCACCGCCGUCAUUGCUACAGCAGUUGUCGGAUAUGCUGUAUAUUUUGAUUAUCAAAGAAGAAAUUCAGCUGAAUUUAGAAAAUCAUUAAGGAAGAAGGCUAAUGCUCAAAAGAAAAAAUCAGAACAAUUAGCUGAACAAGGUAAACAAUUAAAAGUUGAUGCUGUUAAAAAGGCUCUUGAAGAAGAUUUAGCAUCAAAUCCAUUACCAACUGAAAUUGAAGAAAAGGAAUCUUUCUUCAUGCAACAAGUUGCUUUAGGUGAACAAUUGGCCAUUAAAGAAGCCACCAAGAUUGAAGCUGCUCUUUGUUUCUAUAAAGCUUUAGCUGUUUAUCCAAAUCCUACUGAUAUAUUAGGUAUUUAUCAAAGAUCAGUUCCAGAAGAUGUUUAUGAACUUGUGGUAAUGAUGAUUUCUAUUAAUCCUCCAGCAUCUGUGGCCAAUAUCUUAGGCUCUGAUUCUGCUUCUGCUGUUCCAGAAUCUAAACCAUCUGAAGCUGAUUUAGAUUAGAUUUGUCACUCAUGUUACGUUUAAUGAUAUCUACUGUUACUAUUAAUAUCACCAUUCCACGUUUUGAAAUCAUUUGAAAAAAGCCCUUUUAACCCUUUUUAUUGUACAUAAUAUUUAAUACACUUUCUUUCUAUAUAAUUAGAAUCCAAUUCGUCCACUUUCAGUAUAUAAAUAACUAUUAA